AUGGAUUCUCAAGCUUCGAAGAGUGACCUGAAUAUGAAUGCGCCAUGCGAUAAAUGCAUGUGCACCCAAGACGGUAUAAAUUAUUACAAAACUUUGUCAUUGCGGCGAAACUGCGACAAUGCGGAAGUCAAGGAAGCAAAAUAUGGUAGUAAAGAAAGGCGAGACGUAUCGCACCGACGAAAUAGCGCGGUUAUUUCUUCCAGAUACCGACGAUGCGCCAUACGAUACAAUCCCGCGCGGCAAAAGAACGGAGGUGCUGAGGCGAUUUUCGCCUUAGCAGCUGAAGCGUACGACGUGCUUUCAGAUCCUCUUAGAAGGGCUGUGUAUGAUCAAUACGGUGAAGAGGGUCUUAAAAAUGGUGUGCCGAGACCAGAAGGAUUCGUGAAACCUUACGUCUAUCACGACGAUCCGAUGCGGACCUUUAGAGAAUUCUUCGCGACUGAAAAUCCGUACGACGAUCUCCUAAAUAUUCUAACAGAGCCUCAGCCUCUGCUUGAAUUUCCUGAGGGUCGGGGCGUAAAACGGAAGGAGGAGCCCUUGAUUAAAACCCUGUUUUUAACUCUCUCCGAAAUAUUUUUCGGCGGGAUAAAGAAAAUGAAGAUCCAGAGGUUGGUUUUAGUCGGUGACGAUAAGUCGACGACGUUGUCGAUGGAGAAGAUCUUGACGAUACCUAUUAAGCCGGGAAUCCCAGCAGGUACCAGAAUAGUAUUUCCAGAAGAGGGUGAUCAAGGUCCUACGAAGAUACCCGCGGAUGUUAUCUUCGUCACGGAGGACCGGCCUCACGAAACGUUCCGGCGAGAGGGCUCGGAUUUGUACACGACGGUCGAUAUCUUUCUGAGGGAGGCGCUGACCGGAACAGUGAUCACGCUCAAUACCGUCGACGACAGAAUUCUUCGGAUUCCAAUAACAUCGAUCGUUGCGUACGAAAAGCUAUUAUAAAAAUGCGUCAUGUUUUUUUUUCGCUCCUCUCUUUGUCUCCCUAUUGCAUUUUGCUCCACCAUCUCCAUAGAUAUCUUUCAGAUGAGAUCGUUUGAAACUCACAAAGGAUCUCGACAAGCAGUUUCAUAAAAAAUGACAUAAUUGCAGGGUUGGGUAGUGUCUAGU